AUGAAUUAAAUAUAAACUCAUGUUAUCCAUCAAAUAUUCUAAUAGGCACAUUUCUAAAAUGAUUAACUAUACCCUUUUCAAGAUUUUAUAUCUUAUCUAAAUUCAUUGGUAAUAAAUUUUAUAACUUUUAGAUAAAUCAACAAUUCCCCUUUGAAAUAAUUGAACCAAUCCUUCAAGAUGAGAAUCCUACAUAACUUAAUCUACUUUCUAUUCAUGAUUUUGCCAAUAUUAUUCUCUAAGAAUUUCAAUCCUAAAUCUAAAUCAAAUAAAAUGCUUUAGAUCAAAUCUAAAUAUACAAAAAUGAAUAUUCCAAAUUAUUAGAUGAAUUCAAGGUAGCUAAAUAAGAAGAAAGUUUGAAUUAAUACUAAAUUGAUAUUGAUAGCACUCUAUUCAUUACUGUUUCUCAUGCAGAAUGUUUGAAAUCAAAUCAAUAUUUUGUCACAAUAACACUUUUUAAUGAAUCAAAGAAUACUCAGAUAUCAAAUAAUACUAAUCAUCCUAUUUGGUAAGAAGAAUUCAAAAUGUAAAAAAUUAUAAAACUAUGUAGAAUAGUCAUGUAACUUCGCCACAUGGUUAAAUUAUUAUUGAAUUAUUCAAUUAAUCUCAAGUUCUAAUUGGUUAAUUAAAAUUACCAUUAUAUCAAUUUAAAGAUCAGUAGAGUUCAAAUUUGGAUUAUUUACUUGAAGAUCAACAUGGUGUACUUAUAAAUACUAAAUUGAAACUUAAUUUAACAAUAUGGUGGAUUCAUAGCAAAGUUGCUUUACUAUAAGAUUAAAUUAUAUUUGUUGAUGAAUAUAAAAAAGAAAUCAAUGAAUAAUAAUAGAUAAUCUAAAAAUGCAAUAAUUUUAUUGAUACUUGUGUUUUAGCAUUCGAUGAAUCAAGAAUUAUAAAAAUAAAAUAACAUCCUUAAGAAGUAUGUCAAGAACCUGAUUCAUAGGAAUAAUGGACUAAUAAAUUCUAAACUAAAAUGUAUUAAAUUGCAAAAUAAUUUAAAAGUAUAAACUAUAUUAUUUUAAUAAAGAUGAACAUUAAGACAGUCUUGAAGAAUGGUAAUAAAUAGUAUUAAUACUGAAUGGAUUUGUAACUAUUUUUACACUUGUCUUAAUUUCUUUGGCUAGACCAUAUUUUUAACAAUUAUCAAUCUCCUUGUUUAUUGGUAUGUUAAUAUUGACCUAUGAUUCUGAACAUAUAAAAACAUCAAAGAUUUUACCAUAAAUAUCUUUGAUUUUAUUAAUCUAAUGCAUUUUUGAUGGUUUUUGGUUGAUUGUUAAUUAUGUAUAAUUUAUAUAAUAGAUAUAAGAGAGUUUGGUGGAGUUGUACAUUAAUUUUCGAAUAACAAUUAUUUGGUAGUAAUAUUAUGAAUUAUAUUUCCUAUUAUUGUACGAUUAUUAUUUUACCCAUCAAUUUAAUUUUGACAGCUUGUUCAUUCAACUUAUCCUUAAAAUAUUUAGCAUAAAAUAAUAUAGAAUUAUGA